AUGUCCAACCCAAGCGUUCCGGUUACUGUCACUCGUACUAUCUCAAUAUGUGAUUUCAUGAACAAACUGGGCAGUUUUACUCCCAAGGAAUUUAUGGUCACUUUUCUUUCGUCCAAUCAUCCGGACCUCGUAUACCGGCGCCGACAAAUGAAGGCAGGAAUGGGGUCCAAGCAAACGCGGUCCAUCGUGAAGAACCUAGGAAAGUUGGCUGUGAGCUGCGAAAAAGGCAAGGCUGAAUGGGAGGAGUUAAUAUUAGAUGAGGCCUCCGCAAUCGUAAAUGCUCAAGAACUACCUCGUGGCCAAUACCCGCAUGGUGCUUAUGUGAGCUCGAACGAAAUCACACCAGAUUUUUUCAGCGAGAGUGCCGACCUACAUCGGACCAAUCAAGUCGUCAGCGGAAUGAAGUUUUUGCAUGCCCUCAUACACCGCAAGAUUUCAGCUGGAAUCUCGAACAGGAUGGGCGUGGAAAAUGACGAACCAGCCGGUUUGUUGCAGGCAGAGGUUCCGCCAACUAUGAACCCACCGUUACGGUGCGAAGACGUUGUUGAUGAGGCUACCUUGUUGGCCAUGGACAGCCUGGUGUACGUGAAGAGCACUCCGGCGGACUAUGCAGCACAUAAACUUGCUAAGGUCCCGACGAUGGUAUGUCAGAUGGUUGCUGUCACCUGCAACCGCCGCGCAAACGGGAUAUCGUUGGCGAAUGGCCUAAUGGCCUUGGCUGGCGGGGUUUCAUGCAGGGUUCACGAAUGGCUGCAUUCGUUGGGGCUGACCACGUCACGCGCUAAUGUCCUCGGGCUCGCGGCGUUCCUGAAAGCAAUGGAUGCAGCCGAUCGCCAACCGGUAAACAUGAUGCUAUUCAGCCCUCAACCUGAGGCCACAAGACAUUGGGCAUUAGUUAUCAAGGCGCAAUUGGCAAAGGCCCUUUGUGAUUACACCGCUCACCUUCCCGGAGGACUCGAUCCACAUGACUUACCGACAGUUCCAAUCAACUGGUGGAGAGCCUGA